CACGGCCUGCAUGUCAACUCGUGCUGAACCAACAGAACCAGAACCUGGAAGAGGAAAUGUUACUGGACUCUUCAGAGCAUCUGGUUUAAUUAAGUUUCAGGUUUCUGGGUGGCUGGGUUUGUUUUGUUGAACCAGAUCCAGAGAUCCUGCUGGAAACUUUGGACUUUCCUGACAUUUCUCUCCUUCUGGUUCUGGGAGUUGGAUCAGGAACAUCUGAGACUUUAGGGUGACCUGCAGGCGUCAGCAGGGUUUGAGUUUUAGGGAGAAACUAAGGCUGCAGGUUCUGGUUACCUGGGGAGGGACUGUAGACGUGACUGGACAGGCGAGGACAAGGUCCAGAGGUUUUAUUGGCUGUGAGGAGGGAGGGAUUCAGGACAGAGGUUAACCUCACAGGGAGGAUUGAAGGAGCGCAGCAGCUGGAUUAAAACAGAACCAGGAACGUCGCUCAACCAGAAGGAUGAAAACUUUCACCUGGACCGUGACCAAGCCUCACCUGGAUCAGGUCUGAGUCUGAGCUGGAACUGCGGGACGGGGUCAUGUAUGUCCUCUUCACCCUGGCGGUCCUGACACUGCACAGCCUCCUCAAGAAGCGGAACCAGGAGCUGAGUCUGGACGGAGGCGGCGAGGUCGUGGCAUGUAGGGGCAAAGGUGGAGGAGGUGGAGCUCUGAAGGCCGACAGGUGCAGCGCUGCAGGGAAACGGAGGCGAGGCGGAGACAGCGUCCCCAUCGGCAGGAGGCGGGUCCAGCCGGUCCAGCGGUCCAGUGCUCUGCUCAGCCCGGCGGUCAUGUUCAGCACAAGAAAGACCUGGGACAUCGGCCACGCCCCCUGCCUGCAGGAGCUCUGGAAGAAAGACCUCUCAUUGGACGCGAGCUUAGAGGACUUCCUGAUGAGUGAUGGUGAAGAUGAAGGCUCCUUCCUGUCUCUGCCCUCGGCCCCCUUCUCACAGCGCCCCCUUCUGACCUCCGAGCUCGCCGACACAAGCGCACCCAGCCAGCAGCUGCUCAUCCAGACUCUACAGGACAAGGUGUGUGAGUUCCAAGCUCGUCUUCGCUCUGAGGAAGUUGCCCGUCACCUGCUGGUGCAGCAGCUACAGCACAGCCUCCAGCAGAAGACGGGCGGAGGCGUCCACACGCUGCAGGACAAGCCGUCGGCCUCGUCCAAUGGUGUGAGGCUGCUGCAGCCCAGUGAGGAUUAUUUCAGCGGUGCAGAAGAAGAGCAGCUCGUUGCUCGGCUGCGCACACAGGUGGAGGAGCUGGAGCAGAAGCUGUUGGAUCAGACUCAGGAGGUGGAGAGACUCCGCUCUGAACUGGGGGCGACAGACCUGGAGAAGCAGCUGGAGCUGCUGCUGGUGGAGAACGAGCAUCUGAAGCAGAAGCUGAAGUCAUGCAGGAGUCCAGAGCUUCAGAAGCCGGACACAGCUGCUGAGAGCUGCAGCUGCAGCCACAGCCAGGAUGCGGAGGCCCUGCGACGAGAGGUGUCCCGCUGGGAGAACCAGACCCGGCAGAGCGAGCAGAGGCUGGCUGAGCUGGAGCGGGAGCUGCUGGAGAAAAGCUCCAGGGUGGAGGUUCUACACCGGCAGCUGGACGACAGCCGGACUCAGCUGGAUGAAUCCAGGCGGAGGCAGAUGGAGGCGGAGCAGAAACUCCGUCUCCGUCUGCAAGAGUGUGAGGAGGAGAUCGCUAGACGGGCAGUGACGCCCCCCAGAGUCCAGUACGUGACCCAGACGGUGGAGGUGGAGUCGGCCGACACCCAGAAAGUUCUGGUGGAACUGCAGAUGAAGAACGGUGCCCUGCAGGAGCAGCUGAGCGUGCAGAGGCAGCUGCUACGAGAACUGGAAACACAGCUGCACGAGUCGCAGCGCACCUGCACCCAGCUCAGGACGCAGAUCCUGGUCUAUGAAGGAGAGAUGGAGCGAGCUCAGGGUCAGCUGGAGGCGGAGAUGCAGAACCUGGAGGAGGAGAAGAACCGUGUGAUCGAGGAAGCGUUCAUCCGGGCCGAGAGCGAGAUGAAGGCCGUGCACGAGAACCUGGCAGGUGUGCGUAUGAACCUGCUGAGCCUACAGCCGGCUCUCAGAACUCUGACGUCAGAUUACAACUGUCUGAAGAGGCAGGUCCAGGACUUCCCCUUCAUGCUGGAUAAAGCCAUCACUGAGGCCAAGCAGGAGAUCUGUCAGGUAAUCGGUGAGGUGAGCAACGCCAACCAGGAGCUGCUGCGCAAAUACAAGCGGGAGAUGAACCUGAGGAAGAAGUGCCACGAUGAGCUGGUCCGACUAAAAGGUAACAUCCGUGUGUUCUGUCGGGUCCGACCCGUCAGUCAGGAGGAGCAGGACUCUGCCGAUGCCAGAACCACGCUGAGCUUCGACUCAGACGAUGACACCAUCCUCUACCUCUCCAAUAAGGGGAAGAUCAUGACCUUCGAGCUGGACAAGGUGUUCCCGCCUCAGGCCACCCAGGAGGAGGUGUUUCAGGAAGUCCAGUCUCUGGUCACUUCCUGUAUUGAUGGCUUUAACGUCUGCAUUUUCGCUUACGGACAGACUGGAUCCGGAAAAACCUACACCAUGGAGGGCGUGGCUGACAACCCCGGCAUCAACCAGCGAGCGCUCCGUCUGCUGUUCUCAGAGGUGACGGAGAAAGCUCCAGACUGGGACUACAGGAUCACCGUGAGCAUGGUGGAGAUCUACAACGAGACGCUACGGGAUCUGCUCCGGGACAAUCCCACCGACAAGCUCGACAUCAAGAUGAAUCCCAACGGCAGCGGACAGCUGUACGUCCCUGGACUGACGGAGAACGUCGUGGAGAGCCCCGAGGACAUCAACAAGGUGUUCGACUUGGGCCACGUGAACAGAGCUACUGCGUGCACCAACCUAAACGAGCACAGCUCGCGCUCUCACGCUCUCCUCAUCAUCACCGUCUCCGGCUUCAACAGCGCCACCGGGAGCCGCACGCAAGGGAAGCUGAACCUGGUGGACUUGGCCGGGUCGGAGCGGAUCGGGAAGUCGGGGGCGGAGGGCAGCCGUCUCAGAGAAGCUCAGUGUAUCAACAAGUCGCUGUCGGCGCUUGGUGAUGUCAUCAACGCGCUGCGCAGCAGACACGCCCACGUCCCCUUCAGGAACUCGCGGCUCACCUACCUGCUGCAGGACUCUCUGAGCGGGGACAGCAAGACCCUGAUGAUGGUGCAGGUGUCCCCGUUGCCUGGCAACAUGAGCGAGUCAGUGUGCUCACUGAAGUUCGCUCAGCGUGUUCGCAGCGUUGAGCUCAGCUCUUCGUCUUCCAGGAGACACGAGAAUUCGUCCACCUCGUCCUCACCGACACACGACAGUGUCGAGCUGGACUCCCCCCCAGUCACGCCGGUCCCCCUCCCCAUCUCUCGGGCCAGCAGCGCCGGCUCCACCCUGUCCUCCGCCUCCAGAACUCCCAGCAGCUCCCGCAGGAGGUCUCAGUCCCAGCUGUCCACAGACAGACAGGUAGACAGAGCCAGCCCAUUGGUGGGGGACGGUGGGCAGGACGAUUGAAGCUGACUGCCUGAGAGAUGGUGGAUCAUCCAGGUGGGACUGUGGGGUGUCGGCCAGCACCUUUCUGAACUUUCUGCAGCAGUGUCCCCCCCCCCCCCUUCCCAAUCUGGACUGAGCUGAACCCCUGCCCUCCCCAGAACCAGUACAUGCUCCCCAGUAUUUCCAGUAUUCUUGUUUCUUUGUACGGUUGCACUUUAAACUGAUUUUCUGAGCUGCAGAUGGAAGUUUGUUUAAUCUCCUUUCAUCUGGAUUUUCUUUGUUUUAACAAAAUUGUUUUAAUUUAAUUUUGACAGCGAGUGCAACAUGUGACCUUUUUUGGGGGGCGGGGGAAGACACAAAUCCUGUUGGUUUGGUUCCUGUUGAAGACCCGACCCCCCCAAAAGGAAUUGUAUUCUGACAGUUUGGACACAUCAAACGGUAUUUUAGGAAAAAUUUAACUUAAUGUGUCUCUUGUCCUCUUCUAUAGUUUCUGGAGGUUGUCUCCUUGUCCUUACUGUCCUCCUUCAUCCAAUCAGGGUUGUCCACCGAGAUGUCCAACAGGAUGUGAGCAAUAACAGGGUGUUUUCUGCUUUGGAGGAACUUUGAACCAAAAUGUGCUCAAAUCUGUCCUCUGAACAUCUGGUGACCUCAGACAGAGCAGAUGUGUAGCUGUAAACUCGGUGCUGGAAUUAGCUGUUAGCUUUUAGCUGUUAGCAGAACUGAAACCGUCUGCUGCUUCAGGUUUCUAUACUUUGUUUUUGUAUUUCCUUUUUAAUAAACACUCCAGAAUGAUCUCCCACUCCGAUGGUCAUGUUGGAUUAUUUGUAGGAGCUCUCUAUAGAAAAUAAUGUUUGAAAACAGAAAAAUGUUCUUGUAAUACCACUUUGUACCACUAGAUGGACUAGAGUUACUGCAGUGUCCAGUCUGCCCAGAAACCAGCAGAAGAAGAAGGACAUUCUGGCGACACCAUCCUCCUUCAGACUCCUGGGACAUUUCAGAUUGAUCCAUUUAUAGGAAAUAAAAAUCUGGAGAGACGUUCAUUGCUGUGGGAGGGGCUUAAACAGAAAUACAUCUGCUGGUUUCUGUCUCAUAUUUUUGUCUUUGAUAAAAAUGUCAAAAUAAAAGUCUUAGUGAAACUGAGGAUUUCAACUUCA